AUGGCUCGCCAACAGUCUCUUGAUUCGGAACGUCCCAUCAUGGCCCAGUCGAACCGAAACUCAAAGCGCUUCUCCACCAUCAGCGGAAACCCCUCGCUGGCUGCUUCCGAUCGCACAACUGGCAGCCUUCCCAGCGGUGACCCCAGAAUCGCCGACAUCACCCACCUCCACGACGGCUUCGAGCGCCUCGAGAACAAGCCCCUCACCAAGCAGCGCUUCGUGCCCACCGAGGAGAAAUCAGACAACUUGAACAAGCUCGCUCUCGGCGCUAAGGUCGAGCGUGCUCUGGGCCGGAGAAUGACUAGCCAAGACGCUGUCAUGCGCAAGCCUCUCUCCGAGAAGGAUGCCGCGGCAGCUGAUUCUUGA